UCGCUCGCUCGCUCCGCGCCCCACUCGCGACGAACAUUUUUUCCCGAUCGCCCCGGCGACGACUACUGCGCUUGUGUUGUGUGAUCGCGACAAUUUGUCGCCGUUAAAAGAAUUCCGUGACAUCAGUAGUCGCGUUCUGUCGGUGGCAAAAACAGGACCCUCUCGGCCGGAGCGACGUAUCCCGACGCCCGACCGCAGCAGUCAAGAGCUCGCACACAUUGUGCACCACACCAGCAGUCGACGGCAUCGUCGACGCGUCGCAACCGCACAGCAGCAGCCCAGCGUCGCGGUCCCCCCUUCCACUGCCGCGCGAACGCCAGCCCCGCUCCGCCCCACCCGAAGGGGCAGCACCCGCGUCGCAAAAAUCAAGCCCGACAGAAAGAAGCGUUUCGUUCGACCGCAAUUAUCACCUGGCGUGCGCCGUUACACAGAUUACAUUGUACAUACAAUCCGGGAGCGCCGAGCGCCCGCCGCAGCGCGCUACCGUAUUUUUUGGACCCGUCAGUCGAGGGACGUCGGUCGUCGCGCAGUUGUCAACAGUCACGUGGUGAUUCAUUCAAACUUGCAUCUUCGAACAUCGUGAUCUUCGACAUCGUUCAUCGUGAUAUGCAGCCGUCAGUGGUGUAGUGUUCUGUGCGUGCAGGAAGCCAUGCUUCCUCUGGCGACGACUCAGUGAGUGCGACACCGACUGGGCACACCAUGUCCCAGUUUGGCUUCCGAGCAUCGCCGAAUACUCAGAGCGCAGUAUCAUCGGGACCUAGUCAAUCGCCCCCAGCACCACCUGUGACCAGCAUGGCAGUAACGUCCUCGGCACCUCCUCCCGCUACCGCUGGAAGUCCGCCACCAAACUCCACCGGUCAACGGUGUUGUGACACUGGCCGACCCAUCUUCACCGAUCCCAUCACCGGCCAGAGUGUGUGUUCUUGUCAGUACGAGCUUCUGGGCUAUCAGCGGCUCGCGGGCGGCGUGCCCGGUAUUCCUGCACUAUCAAUGUACAGCUCUCCAUAUCCGGAAGGCAUGGCCGCUUACUUUCCGGCGUUGGGCGCCGACCAGGCGCCUUUUUAUACUUCAACGGCAGCUGGAUUGGAGCUGAAGGAGAAUCUUGCGGCGGGAGCGGCUUCUUGGCCAUAUCCAUCUGUGUAUCACCCCUAUGACGCCGCCUUUGCCGGAUAUCCAUUCAAUGGAUACGGCAUGGAUCUCAAUGGUGCGCGUCGAAAAAACGCCACCCGCGAAACGACAAGCACGCUGAAAGCUUGGCUUAACGAACACAAGAAGAACCCGUACCCCACAAAGGGCGAAAAGAUAAUGCUGGCGAUCAUCACCAAGAUGACCUUAACGCAAGUGUCGACGUGGUUCGCCAACGCACGGCGACGACUCAAGAAAGAGAACAAAAUGACCUGGGAGCCGCGCAAUCGUGUCGAAGACGAAGAUAACAAUAAUGAUGACGAUGAUCAUAAAAGCACGGACGGAAAAGAUUUAAUAGAUUCCAAAGAUUCAGGCACCGGUUCGAGUGAAGAUGGGGACCGACCGCCUCACCCCCGAUUAGGGCCAGACACGGGCAGCGAAUGGAGCGAGUCUCGACCGGACAGCGGGCCGGACAGUCCCGAAUGCCUGUACGAUCGAUCUCACCCAGCGUUUAUGCCGCCGCGUUCAUCGGGUUCCCCAUCCCAGCUCUCCGGCUCCGUGACGUCUAAACCUCGAAUAUGGUCACUGGCCGACAUGGCGAGCAAGGAAAGCGACGGCUCGCCGCAAUCAGCGUCCUCGUCGUUCUACUCUACCGCGGCUAGCAGACUAAUGCCACCACUCGGAAGUAGAUUACCACCGCCGGGACUGCACUCAUCGCCGUAUGCGCGAACACACGAAUUCUAUCGUAGUCUCUACGGGCCGGCGGCGGCGCAGCACCUUGCAGCGGCUGGCGGUAGCGCCGGCCCUCCCGAUGUCUCCCUCUUGGAGUCGUACUCACGAAAUCUCCUCGGCCAUCCCGCCGGGCACCUCUUAUCCAAAGCAUCGCUGCCGGCCUCAACUACCGCGACCAUGACGAGCAUGCCGUUGGGACUCUCGACGAACCCGUCGCGCAUGUCACCUUCUUCGACGUCCUCGAUAUCGUCCGGUUCUGAGACGCCUUUAAAACCAAUGGCGCUCAACAAGGCUUGACUACCGAUCCCUCUGUGGCCCUGAUCUUCUACUACCUCCGGAUGUGUUGUACAUAAAAGUGGACAAUAAUUUAUAAACUAAAAACGUAAACGCGUACCUACUUUCUUUCCCUCUUUUUCAUUCACCUUCCGCCAAACUUUAGGAAGUACCCUCCUCUUAUGACGUCGGAGAAGCAUGCUCUUGAACGGUCAUUGUGAUAUGAAGACAAAACGAAAAUAGUUUGUUUCACCAAAGGACGAUUCGCUGGUGAUAAAAGACUUUAAGCGCUAUUGGCGGCUAGGCGGCGUGCGUGUGCGUACUAGGUCAUUAUCUUGUACAUAAUAACUUAAACAAUUAAAAGAAAAUGAAUCUCCCCGCAAGAAAUGAAAGAAAUCAUUUGCGUACUGCGCUUCGUUCGCAGCAGUAUAAAAUCUUGUAUCUAUAUGUAUGUAAUUAGAGUAGAAACGUAAGUAAAAGAAUCUUUGUUAUUAAAAAAUUAUUAUUAUGUACUACUAAGAAUAAUACGCGCAUACAAAAAUAUAAGUUAACAAUUAUAGAGAGCUGCAUUGUAUAUUAAAAAUGGAGGAGAGAUGUGGAAGGAAUUCGAUAUAACGCGAAACACUUAUAUUAAUCACCACACACACACAUACACACAAACACAAAACCACACUGCUCGCAUAAAUACAGAAAUUAUCAUUGUGUAAUACUACGAAAUUGGAAAUUGGAAGCAAGUGGAAUGAAUCCACAUCUAAUUUGUUGUUUUAACAUUUGACAUAUCACUCACUCAUUCAAUCUUCUUCUUUGACAGUAAACCGUAAGCGAAAUUUGCGAUCAAUUGAGCGGUGACUUGAAAAAAGAAAACAGAAUUGUACUGCAUAAAUAUUAUGGAUGACUUACCAAUAUUUCGUGUGUUUUAAGCUGCAAUAAAGUGACUCGUUCAUUAUUUAUA